AAAAAGAAAAAAGGAAAAAAAAAAAAAAGGAUCAAAUCAAAAUCAAAAUCUCUUUUUCUGGAGAUUUAUUGUUGACUAAAUCGUUUACCGCGAUUCUCACCGCAGCUCGCCGGUAAACCCUAAUUCUGUCCCAAAACCCUAAUUCGUUGCGACGGAAGUUAUCGUCUCCUCUUAGCAUUGAUUUUGAGAGGUUGGUUGUUUAUUUUACCUCAUUGAGAGGAUACGGCAGCUAUGAAGCCUGGUCUUCUCUCAAGCUCUUCACCCAAUGGAUUUCCACACAGAAUAGUUGAAAAGGAGGCAGGGGUGAAUAUGGCACAGCCGUCUGUGAACAUUACAGAGAACGGCUGGGAAGCUGGAAGUGUGGAUACCCCUUCUCACGAGCGGUUGUUGUAUUUCACAACCUGUAAGAUUGGACAUCAGGUUGAAGUUCACCUAAAAAAUGGAUCCAUUUACAGUGGCAUAUUUCAUGCUGCUAAUGUGGAUAAUGAUUUUGGAAUUAUUUUGAAAAUGGCAUGCUUGAUUAAGGAUUCACGAGGAGCAAAAUCCCGCUCUUCGCUUGUCAGCAAACCACCUUCAAAGCGACUCAUUAUCCCUGCUGAAGAACUUGUGCAAGUUAUAGCUAAGGACCUUCCUCUAUCCAGCGAGGACGUCUCAGAUUCUGUUCCGUGCGAGAAACCUUUAGAGCUGUUGACAGACUCUCUGAUAUCACAAUUUUAUAAUGUUGAUUUGGAAAGAGAGCUGAAACCUUGGGUACCUGAUGAAGAUGUUCCAGACUGUUCAGAUCUGGAGAAUGUGUUUGAUGAUCCUUGGAAGAGGGGCUGGAAUCAGUUCGAGGUCAAUGAGUCUUUAUUUGGAGUAACAAGCACUUUUGAUGAGGAACUAUAUACCACAAAACUCGAGAGAGGUCCUGGAACAAGGGAGCUAGAAGAGCAAGCCUUGAGGAUUGCGAGAGAGAUUGUGGGUGAGAAUACCCGAGAUCUUCACGUAGCAGAGGAAAGAGGGCUCCAGCUUAGUGGAAAGUUUGAUAUUGAUGAGGAAACCAAAUACUCAUCUGUCUGUACGCUGAAUAGAUUUGAUGAUACAUGUUACGACGAGGAAGAAGAAGAAGAAGACAUAUUGUUGGAUUGCUGCAACAAUAUGACUUUUGGUGACUCAUCUGCUUCUGAUGGCAAGAAGAAACCUGCGUCAGCUGGCCAGGUCUAUGAAGGAUCAUGGGGUGACAGCCGGCAAUUACGGAAAAACAAAAUUAUAGAUCAGAGCUGGUCGAACUCAAAUAAGCAAUCCAAAGAUUUUCCUUUUGGAGGAAGUAUCAGGAAUGAGAGCCUGCUUGGUGAGCAAAGAACCAGCAAAUUCCUUGGGGUUUCCCAUUAUAAAAGGCCUUCAGAGGAAUCGGUGUCUGGUCUUGAAGAUAUCAAUGGAGAUGCAACAUCGUCUGAGAGGCCAAGUUUCACUGAUGGAGGACUCUGUCCACUUUCUGACAGAGCGAAAUCUGAGAGCGCUAGUGGGUGGCAUGGAAGCUCCAUUUCUAGAAAUCCAGAAAACUCUGCAGCUUCCCCAGCAUCAAAUCGACCAACACUAUCACCAAGCUCUUCAAUUGGUUCCUUAUCUUCAGAAAAGUCUACACUCAACCCAAAUGCUAAGGAAUUCAAAUUGAACCCCAAUGCAAAGAGUUUCAAACCAUCUCCAACUACUACACGUCCUCAGUCUCCAGUCACAGAUGGAUCGUUCUAUUACCCUCCCCUUCCACCAAUGCCAGGAUUACAUCUUCGAUACGGAAUGGGAGCAGCAUUCCCUGGACAACAACAACAACAACAACAACAACAACAACAACCAAUGAUGUAUAAUAAUACAGCACAGCUUGGUCCAAAUCAAACAUAUUAUUCUCCAAAUGGUCCACAGUACCCACAACAGAUAAUGGUUACUCAGCAGAGACCAGUCUUGUUCAUGCCUCCAACGCCAUACCAACCGGAGAUGCCAUACAAAGGAAGAGACUCUUAUUAGCUUUUGUUCAAAACCAUGAAUGGUGUGGCACAAGGUCUCUCUCUCGAAUAAUCAAAUCUUGUGAUGGAAUGGGUUCCAUUAAUUUUAUUUCAUGCACUGAAUCUUUCAUUUUUCUUUAUAUUUUAUUUUAUUUUAUUUUUUUAAAUGAUGAAUGGUAUGAUAUGGUGAUGGUUCCUUCUUCCUUGUGAGGAUAAAUUCAACACAUUAUGAUGUGAUGAUGGUGAUUUAGUUUUGUCUAGGUGGUGGUAUUUAGACUUAGAUUUUCUUUACAACAAUAUUCGUGCUGUGCUGAUCUCAUUUCUUUAUUCACUUGUGUCUCUGUUCUAUACUUUUUAACGUUAAUAUUUUAGAUGUAUGACAUUUUAUGAGUUCAUUUU